UCAAGGAGACAUAACUCAUAUUUUCAAUUUUAAGUUACAAAAAUAACCAGGAGAAGUAGUUUCAGCUGACAUAUUCUUUAUUAUUUUUUCAAUGUUUCUUAGUACAUUGCGAAACCAAUUGAAAACUCUCGAUCCAAUGAUGUUCAUGGGAAAUUGUGAAGGACCUAGUGUUGUUAGACAAGAAAAACAUAAGAAAAAUAAAUCAAAUGUUGUGCCAGCCCUACAUGCUGUAAAAUGGCAGCGGAUCAUACUGGAUGAGGCACACUAUAUAAUAUCACUCAAGCAGUGUUUGCUUUAGAAUCUACCUACAAAUGGGCAUUAAGUGGCACUCCAUUUCAGAAUCGUCCUGGAGAGUUGUAACCUCUGAAAUUUCAUGUACCGGACUUUGCAAAGAUAUUUUUGGGAAAUUGCGUCAUUCUGAAGAACUAGGAAAUCUUGUCAACUGGGCUUCUGAGUACUUAAAUGAUAGAAGAAGCAUAAGCUAUAUGAUUGAUCCAAGUUUACAAUCAUUCAAAGACAGCGAACUCGACGUGAUCUGUGAGGUGAUUCAAGGGUGUAUUCAACCUGAACCGAAGUUAAGGCCAACAAUGAAAGACAUAACUUCGAAAUUUAGAGAAGUGGUUAAUGUGUAACACCAGAGCAAGCUUCUCCAAGGCUUUCUCCAUUAUGGUGGGCUGAAAAGAUGUCAUAAAGAGAUGUUUGAAAUUUGUUAUGAACCUACUUGUGUUUUUUCAACAUUACUAAAACUCAUUCAAAACAAUUGUCAACAAUAGAUAUUUGUAUCA